UCUGGAAAGGUAGCUGCGCCAACGAAGGGAAGGCUGUGUGCGAAGACAAAACGCAGCGGCGCAAUCUCCGUAGAGGUUGCCGCUUCUUCCCCAAACGGGUUUAAGGGCGGCGUGGGCAGGCUGGUACGGAGAUGGCGUAAGGCAGGUUCCUUCAGCCAGUCUUCCCUUCCUAGGACGUGGCCUGGGAGACGCGGGCGGCGGAGAGGCGCUUCACGGCAAACACGAGGUCCGUGGGCCGGCGGUGGGUCUCUCCGAGAAGAGAAAGAGGUUGAUGGACCUUGGGAAGGGCGGGAAGAGACUGGGCCUCUCAGUGCUUCAGCUGAGGUUGUGAGCAAUAAUAAAAAUCCUUGAAGAUGGCAAUUAUGAGGAAAAUCAGUUUUCUGGCCAGACUUGAGAAAGCUAUCAUAUAAACUUCAUUCACUCUCUGCAUCUUGGGCCUUGCCUUCAGGAUACCAACAUGUGGCACAAGUCAGUGUGUGUGGCCCUGCUAGCCCUGGCUACAGGCUAUAUCUUCCUGCUGGAUACUGAUCUGCCAGAUUCAGUACUGGAGUAUCUCUCAGGCUCCUUUCUAUACCAGCUGCAGGGGGAACUUGCAUCCCCAGAGAGGAGCAUGGCAGCUGCCUGGGAUGCACUUAUCACCCGGCCGUCCAAGCAGUGGAAUAGAGUUGCUGUUGGGGUCAAUGCCUGUGUAGAUGUGGUCCUUUCUGGUGUGAAGUUGCUGCAAGCCCUUGGCCUAAAUUCAGGAGUUGGGCAAGACCGCUCAGUCUUACAUUCCAUAACAGAUUUGAAAGAAGCCUUCAUCCACUUUAUGGGGAAGGGAGCCGCUGCGGAACGUUUCUUCAGUGAUGCAGAAUCCUUUCACCACAUUGCACAGACUGCUUCAGAGUAUCCUGGGGCACAGUUGUAUGUGGGAGGGAAUGCUGCUCUCAUUGGCCAGAAAAUUGCAACAAAUCCAGACCUGAAGGUUCUGCUGUGUGGUCCAAUUGGUCCUAAACUCCAUGAGCUGCUUGAUGAAAAUGUAAUUGUCCCUCCAGAAUCAAUGCAAGAAUUGGAUGAAUUUCACCUUAUUUUGGAAUAUCGAGAAGGUGAAGAAUGGGGGCAGCUGAAAGCCCCAAAUGCCAACCGCUUCAUUUUCUCUCAUGACAUGUCUAAUGGGGUCAUGAACAUGCUAGAGGUAUUUGUGUCCAGUCUGGAAGAGUUCCAGCCAGACCUGGUGGUGCUCUCGGGGCUACACAUGAUGGAGGGACAGACCAAGGAGAUGCGUCAGAAGAGACUCCUAGAGGCUGUAGCUUCCAUCUCUGACAUUCCUACUGAUGUCCCUGUACACCUGGAACUGGCCAGUAUGACUGACCCAGAUCUUAUGAGUGCAAUUGUUCAUCAGCAGGUCUUCCCUCUUGUGAACUCAGUCGGCUUGAAUGAACAGGAGCUGCUCUUCCUCACUCAGGCUGCCUCUGGACCUCACGCCUCACUAGCUUCCUGGAAUGGUGUCCCAGAUGUGGGUGUUGUCAGUGACAUUGUCUUCUGGAUCUUGAAGGAACAUGGAAGGACUCCAGAGAAGGCAUCUGAUCUUACUCGGAUCCACUUUCACACUUUGGCCUAUCACCUCCUGGCUACUGUGGAUGGGUAUUGGGCCAACCAAGUGGCAGCUGUUGCUGCUGGUGCAAGAGUGGCAGGAACACAAGCUUGUGCCACCAAAACCAUUGAUGCUAGCAGAGUUUUCCUUAAAGCGCCACUGGAAUUUGCCACUUCUAAAAUGGAGAAGGCCUCUAGAGUCUCCUUAAAUCCUGGUGAGCCUGUGUCAGAAUGGCACAGGGAUGGGAUCACAUUCCACUACACUCCUGUUCUGGUGUGCAAAGAUCCUCUGCGGACUGUUGGUCUUGGUGAUGCCAUUUCUGCUGAAGGACUCCUUUAUUCAGAAAUCUACCCUCAUUAACAUAUGGAAAUAAGAUACACUCCACAAAAAAUUUAAACCAUGCAGGCAUGGGCUGGAAGUUAGCAUUUCAUAGAAAGCCAAAGAAUAAAAGUUAAGUACAGCCCAGCUGCUGGGUGUUACCACAGGGAUGCGCACAUUAAAAUGGUGAAGUAUGAUUUGUUAAAUAUGGGGGCCACCUUUUGUUCAGAAUGGCAACUUAAACCAGAGCAGCUUCUGCUGUAAGUAAUCCAGUCUUAUUUGCAGUGACUUAAAAAGCUGGGAAUUGGAAGGAGUUACUUAUGCCUCGCUAUCCGAGGAAGGAUAUUUUGUGGGUUUUUUGCACUGUCAUAUUUCUGGGAAGGCAAAACAUUCCCAACAUGGCAAGAGCCAGUCUUCUUGCUUAGUAGCGUGUAAUGAAAAUGUUUACGCUUCACCUGCAGGACUCCAAGGAGCACUGUUCUAAGUGUAUAGUACAAGGAGGGGGGAGAUAAAAGCAUUGUAAGUUCUGUGGCAAGGAGGGGAUGUCGCACUGUAGUGCUCGUUGCUGUUAGACCUCAUGAAGUGGCCAUCAGAAUAUUGAGGAGAGGGUGGCAUUUUAUCACGUGUUUCCUUGGCUGGUGUCUGCUAAAUUUGAUCCUCUCAGUUUUGUUUUAUUGCUGUUGCUGCUGGCAGAUGAAUCUACUUUAAGACAGUUGCAGACCAAAUGCUCAUGCACACAAUUAUUUUACCUUUUAGUAGCCUCUUAAGCUGGAGAUCUUUACUGGAAGCAAGAGCUUACAGACAGUACCAAUGCUGGUCCCUGCCUACCAAGUGGCAGUUAAUCUGGGUCCAAUGCCAAAGCAAUGUAACAUGUGGUACAAACCCUGGGAUGCCUCCUAAUAAAUGGCAUAAAGAUAAAUUUCAGGUGAGAAGAGACUAGGAGACCUGGCACACUCUACUAUUCCUGGGUUGCUAUAUUAAGAUAAGAUUCUGUUGAGCUCUGAUCAGAUGACCGCAGUAAGCUUUCCUCGUUGCACAGGGAAUUGCCUUGAGCUGAGGGGUGUGUGUGUGUAGAAGAUAUAUAUUUCUUUCUUUGUACUGUUGUAUAGCAAUAGAAUUAUAUAGAAUCUGUGGAACCUGAAACUGGACAUCAGGACAAGGGUAAAAUCUGGUGAUGAUGUAUUAGCCUAGCACAGUGUUGAGUUUGGAUGGGGGAAUCCAGGCCCAAAUCUGCUAGGUGGCCUUGUGCAAGAGUGUCUCUCACAGCCUGACCUACCUCAUCAAGUUGUUGUGGAAUUAAGAAAAUGCACUAAAUCUCAUUAAGGGGGGUAACAAAUGAUGUCACUGAAAGUCCCUAGAGUGCCAGUAGAUUGUGAUGGAAAUCAGGUCAGCAGAUUAAUGUUAGAUCUGAAUAAUGCAUCUGGAAUAAGGCUUAAGCUAGCUGCUGAUGCCCUCACUAUUAAAGAACAUUAGAAAUGUAAUUAGCACAGUUUUUUAGUGUGUUUUUAAAAUGUGGCGCAUUCCCUCUCACCAGGUGAGAUAAGCAGAAGUUUUGCAGUGUUGAAGAACAAAACAAAUUCCAGAUUUCUUGUCUCUUAAGAUCAAACUAGAUGUUACUUUAAAUGUAUACUUAAAUCCUGUGCUGGGCACUUCCUGUGUUUCUUCACUAAAAGUAGUGAUGGGGCCUCUGGAUGGGAAUUAGGGAAGAAGACUUUAAUCCCCCCAGUAUCAUUUUCCUGCUGAAAGUCUCCCCUUGCUACAAAUAGUAGUUUGGAGGUGGUUGGGGUUCUAUGGAAAAACUAUCAAGGGGAGCUUAACACACACAACAUACCGUGGCUGUUGUUAGUUUAGAUAAAAGAGAAUCUCAAACAUGGGAUUCAGUGAUGCAUUUAAAGGAACACUAGUCUGACCCUUCACUUUGAUACUUUUGUGGAGCGAUUGUUCAGACUGUAUCUCAAGACCUGUUUGCCAGUUGUGGUUGUUUAAAAUUUUUUUUUUUUUAAUAAUUUUUAUUCAAAUUUUUCAAAAGACAAACAAAACAAAGUCAAAAAACAUAACAAUACAACAAAAAAGAUAAAAAUAAAAUAGUUGACUUCCGAUUUGUCGCAGAUCAGCUAUAAGUAUAUAAUAUACAUCAAACCUGUCCCUUAAUGUAUACAUACAGGAUCACUUUUCUCCAUAGGCUGUCUUAGUUAAUCGUCAAAUCCCAAUAUCAUCAUUUUAUUUUGAUCUUUCAACAAAAAGUCUAAGAGAGGCUUCCAUUCCUUAAGAAAUGUAUCUGUCGAUUUUUCUCUAAGUAGACAUGUCAAUUUAUCCAUUUCUACUAAGUCCAUUAAUUUCAAUAGCCAUUCUUCCGUUGUUGGUGUUGAUUCCAUUUUCCUUUUGUGCAUAUAAUAAUCUUGCUGCCGUAAUCAUAUAUAA